AUGCCUAUUCAGACAGCCACCCUUCGUAUCGCUCGUCCAUCGGACAACAUCGAAGCUUUGAUACCAUUCUAUGUCGAUGGGCUAGGCUUCGAGCUACUCUUCCGCUUCAACCAACAUGAGGAAUUCGACGGUAUCAUGCUCGGCCACAAAGGUGCAGGAUACCACCUUGAGUUUACGGCCAAGAACGGGCACACCGCCGGCCGUGCGCCUACAGAAGAUAACCUGCUUGUCUUUUAUCUACCCGAAGGGAACGACUUCAAGGAGGCAGUGGCGAGGAUGGAGAAGGCUGGGUUUGGUGCCGUGACAAGCUUUAACCCAUACUGGGAUCGAUGCGGCAAGACGUUUGAGGACCCGGAUGGAUAUCGUGUCGUUUUGGUUAGCACCAAGUCGCCAUUUUGA